AUGGAAAUUACCAACAGUGAAGGAAAAGACCUCACAUUGUUAGGAAUUUUAUUGUGUGCAACAAUGGAUGCACCAGCUAAGUGCCUGAUGCAAAAUUUUGUUCAGUACAAUGGCUUUAGUGGGUGUCCUUAUUGUCUGGAUCAGGGAACUACUGUCAAGACAAGUGCUAAAGGCCACACACAUGCCUAUCCAUUUGACAGAGAAAAUCCAUCUAAGGGUUAUGGAACUGAGCGAACUCAUGAAAACACUAUGCAGCAUGCCUAUGAUGCUCAUAAAUCAAGACUAGAGAAGAAAUAUGCGCCUGUUUGUGGAGUUAAGGGGUAUUCGUGGUUUAUGUUUAUCCCAGGAUUUGACAUUAUUAAAGGCAUUGCUGUAGAUUAUAUGCACUGUGUUCUUCUGGGGAUGACCAAGACCCUUAUGACAUUGUGGUUCGACAAAUCACACACAGCUGAAUUCUGGAACAUAAGUAAAAGAGUGGAAGAGGUUGACAGGCGUUUGCUCAAUAUUACCCCACCUAAUUGCAUUUCAUGA